AUGAGGUUCUUGCUUAUGUUUGCCAUGCUCUUCUUGAUGUUUAGCCCAGUCUACUCGCAGUUUGGAUAUUGUAGGUUAUAAAUAUGUGUUUUUGUUGUUUUUAUUAUGAUUUCACAUUGAUUUAAUAUUAGUUUUGGCUUGACGUUCAUUAAAAAACACGUAAGACAAUAUUAUAAUGCCACUUUUCAGCGGUCGAAGCCGUUUGUGUAUCAAGGCGUCGUUGUCGCGGCACCGGAUUCGAGUUGAGUGACGUCUCCUAUACCUACAACUGCCAAUGCGACAUGAACUGGUGUGGGAAGCGGUGUGAACAUCGUUGUGAUUGUGGCCGCAGAAGAAGACGUCACGCCAAUCCACCGCUUCAACGUGAGAAUCAGUACUGGGAUCGGGACAAUCUGUGUGAAAACGUAUCUUGCGAGAACGGAUUGGUUAUCGUCAACGACGUCAAGCCAGUGUGUCAAUUGUAA